AACAAAUAGUUUAAAUUUGAAGAAAAAUAAUGGAAAAUAAAGAAGCUUUACGAAAAUCAUAUUCAAAUGAUUAUUGUAACUCACCAACUCAUCAAUUAAAAACACGUUCAUCAUCGGGUCUAUUUACACAACUGACAUCAACACAAGUCAAUGAAUUUAAAGAAUCGUUUGCUUUAUUAGAUAAAGAUGGAAAUGGUAUAAUUAGCAAAGAAGACCUUGAAGCAAUGCUUGUUUCUUUAGGUCAAAAUCCAACAUCAUCAGAUCUUUCUUAUAUGUUAAGUCUUAUACCAAGUCCUUUGAAUUUCGCAGCCUAUCUUACCUUUUUUUCAACAUAUCUUUCAGAAAUAUCUCCAAGAGAAGAGAUUAUGAAGGCAUUUCAAACUUUUGAUGAAGAUAACUCUGGAAAAGUGAACUUUUAUGACUUAAAAGAUGCUCUUAUGACUAUGGGCUCAAGAAUGUCGGAACAUCAAGUAGAUAAUGCUCUUAAGAAGUUUGUAAACGGAAAUUUUGUUCAAUAUCAAGAUCUAGUAGAUGCUCUUGCAGGAUCAGAAGAGAAAAAUUUUUAA